AGUGGCCGUUCUUGCGUGCAUAACCGGUCCCUCCCUCCCAACUCUGUCCCCUCACACGCACACCCACAAGAACACUCUCACUCUCACUCACACACACUCACACACACACACACUCAACACACUCCAGCCAUCGCCAUGACGACCUCAGCGCUGCGUCGGCAGGUGAAGAACAUCGUGCACAACUACUCCGAGGCCGAGAUCAAGGUCCGUGAGGCGACCUCCAAUGACCCGUGGGGUCCAUCCAGUUCGCUGAUGUCAGAGAUCGCUGACCUCACCUUCAGCGUGGUGGCCUUCUCUGAGGUCAUGAGUAUGGUGUGGAAACGCCUCAACGACCAUGGCAAGAACUGGAGACAUGUCUACAAGGCUCUGACCCUGCUGGACUACUUGGCCAAGACGGGCUCGGAGCGCGUGGCGCAGCAGUGCCGCGAGAACGCCUUCACCAUCCAGACGCUGCGCGACUUCCAGUACGUGGACCGCGACGGGCGCGACCAGGGCCUCAACGUGCGCGAGAAGGCCAAGCAGCUGGCCGCGCUGCUCCGCGACGAGGAGAGGCUCCGGCAGGAGAGAGCCCAGGCGCUCAAGACCAAGGAGCGCAUGGCCGGCGGAGGAGGAGGAGGAGGAGGAACAUACCCAGGGAGAAGGAGCAGUCAGCCCAGCAUGGCGGCGCUGUACGGGGAGGAGUUCAGCCGCUCGAGAGGGUCGCCAUCGUCAUUUAACUCAUCCUCCUCAUCACCGCGGGCGUCUGAUCUGGAGCAGACUCGACCGCAGACCAGCGGGGAGGAGGAGCUACAGCUACAGCUGGCCCUAGCAAUGAGCCGCCAGGAGAGCCAGAAGGAACAGCGCAGUCGCCAUGGAGAUGAUUCACUACUUCAGAAAGCUCUGGACGAAAGCAAAAGAGGCAACGAACCUGAAACAGGAGAGUCGGCCAUGAGGGAUCUGGUGGAUAUAUUUGGACCCGUCUCUGGGGCGCCCCCUAGCGACGACCCCUGGGACACGCAGCCCUCCUGCCCUGUCAACUCUGACCCCUGGGAGUCUGUGGCGGUGGUCAACUCCAGCACGCCAGUGAUGGGCAGUCCGUGGAUGGCCCCUCCCACCUCAGAUAGCCCCUCCCAGCCCUGGGGAUGCGGCCAAUCCUCGUCGGACCCGUGGGACCCGCCCACCAAAACUAGCCCAAAUCCUGUCAAUCAUGCAUGGAGAAGCCCAACAAAUAAUGGAGAUCCCUUCUCAGUAGAGGAGGAAGACGAGCCUAAAGAGGAAGAGGAGGGGCUUCCCAACCUCUUCAGCCCUCGUGCUGUGAGUCCAGCAGACUCUGACCCCUUCGGUGACUCAGUGGUGGUGGUGGAGCAGGUGAACGGCGACGGAGGCGGAAGCCCGGAGACCUUUGACCUCUCCCGUCUGGGUCCGCCCUUGUCGGCCACUGACACGGCAACGUCACGGCAACGACCCUGCCGGACCCCGGAGGCCUUCCUGGGCCCCUCGGCUGCCUCUCUGGUCAACCUGGACACACUCAUCCCCAGCAACCCGCCGGCCAACAGCAAAAACCCCUUCCUGUCAGGUCUCAGCGCUCCCUCCCCGACUAACCCCUUCCACUGUGACCAGCCUCGACUCACCCUCAACCAGCUCCGACCGAGCUCCACCUCCCCUCUCCCGCCUCGCGCCCACACCUCCUCCACCUCCUCCUCCUCCGCCACCUGCUCCAUGCCCUACAGCGCCUCCCUGCCCCUGCCUGUCCCCCGGCACGCUGCCGCCCCCUCCCUGCCCUCCUCCUUCACCCAGCCCCCCCAGGGGCUCCUGGAUCUGCCCUCUAACCUGCCCCAGCCUCUACUGCCCCUCUCCUCUGCCCCCCUGCAGCAGCAGCAGCACAACCACCAUUCGACCUCGUUUCAGAUUGUAAACCCUUCUCUUGCCCCGCCUUCCUCCACCACAACCACCAAUCACGUGCCUCACCGGCAGACCCACAAUGCACUUGGGGUUGGCCCCUCCCAACUCAGCCUGCCCCCUCCAAUCCCGCCCCCUAACACAUUGCCACACGUGAGGGCCGGGGUCUCAGGGGCUCCACCCACCGAAACCCACUCAGCCAAUGACAUGCUUGCAGGAACUAUUCGUCAGCCACGGAUCAACCAAUCAGAAUCAAGGGGCAAUGCUUCAACUGAACCAAGGAGAAACAUCAAAUAG